AGCGGCGUGCAGCGGGGGUGCCAUGGCCGGCGGGGCCAUGGCGGGCGGGGAGGACACGCUCCGCGCUAUGCUCCGCGCCGCCAACGCGCUCCUGCAGCAGCGCCGCUACCACGCCGCGCUCGCCGUCAUCAAGGGCUUCCGCAACGGCGCCGUUUAUGGAGCCAAAAUCCGUGCCCCUCAUGCCCUGGUGAUGACUUUCCUGUUCAAGAGUGGAAGUCUGAGGGAGAAGCUGAAGGCGAUUGCUCAGGCCACCUACGCCCACUCCCGGAACUUGGCCUACUUCGUGUUCACCUACAAGGGGCUCAUGGCAGUGCAGUCCCGGCUGCAGGGGAAGAAAAUCCCGUUCCAUGCCUUCCUUGCAGCCUGCAUUGGGGGCUGGCUGGUGUUUGGUGAGAACAAUCCCAUCAACAGCCAGAUCAUCAUGUACCUGCUGUCCCGGAUCCUGUUCGGCCUGUCCCGGCUGGCUGUGGAGAAGGGCUACAUCCCCCAGCCCAAGCAGGAUCCCUUCCCCCUCGUGGCUGCCCUGGUGUGGGGGACAGUGCUGUGGCUCUUUGAGUACCACAGACAGACUCUGCAGCCCUCCCUGCAGUCCUCCAUGACCUACCUGUACGAGGACAGUGAGGUGUGGCAUGACCUGUCUGACUUCCUCCUUUACAACAAAAGGACAGACAGCAAGUAGGUGCUUCCCUGGAAAACACCUCUGGGUGGGAUGGGACCUCUGGGCAGCUGAAGGGAAAAGGUUAUUCUGUUGCUCUUGACCUGGGAAAUUUUUUUUAAAUUUACAUCUGUCAAGCAGAGUUGCCUCUUGUAUCCCGGCCAAAAUGUUCUGAUUAGUCUUUUGGCUCUGUUUAGAGCAAGUAAACACCCCACAGAAACUUGCUGCAGAAACCCCCACCCCACAGAAAACCGCUGCAGUCUUUUUUAUGGGGCCUUAUUUUCCCUUGUGUUUGGGUUUGGGGUUUUUUGGGGUAUUGUUUUUUAAGAAACUAAAUAAUAUAACUUAUAAAGAGACAGCCUGGCAAUAAGUGGAGAGUCUAAAAACGUGUUUUAGGGCUCAUCUGAAUGCCCACAAAUGGUUUUUUUUCAUGCUGCUGUGCUCGGUGUGGUGGGAGUGGGGGACGUCAUGAAAGUAGGGACAUUAUUUUUUCAUUGCUGUGGAUGGCUGGAAAUCCUGUUCAAACUAUUACAAGGACACAUUACAGGUUGUGUGCUCCUUGAGAGAGUUUAUCUGGAGUUUUCCCUCCGGGAGACAAUAAAAUAUUUGAGAAUAAAACUGUUAGGAUUGUCUUGUACGAGCCUGGUAAGUCAGGCUCGGCAGGACUAUUUUUGCCCAGUUUCUCCCAUGCACUUGGGCUGAAUCUGUGCCUCUGCGAAGUGCACUAAUUAAUACCCUGUGAUUAUUUUAAACUUGUAAAGAUUUUUAAAAGCUGCUUGAACUAAAUACCGAAAUCAGUUGUGCAACUUGGGCUCCUCUGCAAAGGGGCACGUUCCCGCCCUCAGAUCUCGCACCGAGCUUUGAACAGGCGCUUUUAUUCCAGGGGAAGGCACUCGUGGGUUUCUCUCGGGGCCAGGAUCUGCCCUCCACAGCAGUGGCAGGGCUUGGCUGCAGUCCAGUUGGAACACCCCUGUGGUUUGGGCAGGUUUGCUGCUGAGCCCGGUUGAGGCCGUGGAUGAACGUGUGAGCGACUCUUAAAACUGCUGAGCCCCAGGAUGGCACAGCACACCCCGGGCUGUAGCAGGAGGUUGACUAAAGAACUGAGGAAGCACAAAUACCGGUUUGGAAUUAAUAAAUUCAAGCUGUUAAU